AUGGGUUACAUGAAAACUACCUACGAUUACGUCGACCUCAACGCGCCUUUCACGCCCCUACCUAAAUACGGCCAUUUUUCCAAAAAGACUCCCGAGUAUGAACAAGCAGAGCCUUCCAUCCGAAAGACGUAUGAAGUUCUCUAUUCCCUCCCCGACUUUCCCAGUGUCCGCGCAGUCGCUGGUGAUGCAGAUGCAGUGAUGCCCCCUGGGGGACCUGAUCGCUACAAAAAUGUUGUCACAGAGCUGAUCGACAUUCCUACUCGCGAUGGAACCAUGAUUGAGCUCAAGGUUUAUAAGUCGCCUAAUGUUAAUGAAAACGCUGUUUUGAUGUAUCGAAUGCAUGGUGGUGGCUGGUGCCUUGGCCGUCAUGAAGUCGAUGGCGUUGAUAACGUAUAUGCUGCCAUCAACACCAGAAUUAUCGUCGUGAGUGUCGAUUAUAGGACAGCCCCGGAGCAUCCCUUCCCAACACCAAUCAAUGAUUGUUACGACGGUCUCAUCUGGUGCAAGAAGAACGCAGACAGGUUAGGAGUUGACCCGGAGAAAAUCAUAAUUAGUGGAGGCUCUGCUGGUGGCCAGCUUGUGAGACCUCCUUUCAUUUUACCUAUGGAAAACAAUCUUAUAACCAUACAGGCAGCUUCACUCGCUCUAGACUGCGUCAGAGACGGUGUGACCGGGCUUGUCGCCCAAGUGUUGCAUUUUCCAUCAACGUGUCAUCCCAAAUUCUUCCCCACGGAUAAAUAUGAAUACGGCAGCUAUAUCCAAAACUACGACGACGCUGUCCUAAGCACAAUAAACAUGGAGACUGUCUUAGAUGCUCAUGUCCCUGAUGCGAAACCAGACCACAGACACUCUCCUCUCCUUUCAGAAUCAUUCCAGGGACUCCCACCAACACUGAUUCAAUGCGGUGGAACGGACGUCCUUAGAGAUGAUUCAUUCGCUUACGCUGAUGCUCUCAAGAAAGACGGCGUUGACGUGGAAAUUCACUGUUAUGCUGGACUUCCACAUUGGUUCCCUGUUGUACUUCCUCAAACACCUCAAAGCGUUCAGUUUUAUGAAAGAUACAACGACUUCUUAGCCAGGCAUGCAGGAAAGUGA